CAAAGCGCGUCUCCUCGUCCUCGACUUCGUGUUCCUCUUCGUGUUCUUCGUGUUCAAGUGGAGGCCACGAGCACUCCAGCUCCAGCUCCAGCCACAGCUCUAGCAAGCAACAGUCUCCAAGAGCCAAGCUUCUUAGUACUCAAAAGAUCUUCGGCAGGCAAGGCUUGCAUCGCUCAAGCUCGAGGGCGAGGAGCCGGAGUGCCAGUAAGCUCGUGCCACAAUGGAAGCGAGCGGAAUGGCAUGCUGUGCUACAAGCAGUGCUCCGCAAACCACACCGGAGUCGGGCCGGUGUGCUGGAGAUCGUGUCCGAGCGACACCCGCGACAUGGGCGGUGUUUGCUGGAGCUCCUACGGCAAAGGAUGCUGUUGCACAGUCUUCGGCUGCUGCGGAGGCUGCAAACCAGGAUACAAGGACGCCGGAUGCUUCUGCCGGAGAUCUUUCACGAAACAUUCGUAUGGACGAGGGGCCGGAACUCCGCUAGUUUGCAAGCCCGAUGAGGAAGAGAAUGGAGGCCUGUGCUACAAAGCUUGUCCGCAGGGAUUCGCGGGCCAGGGCCCGGUUUGCUGGGAGGAAGCGAGCUCUGUGUCGCGCGCAUUCCCACACAAGUGCAACGCGGUACUCUACACGGUUGACAGUGCUACCUGUGCCGCCAUAGCCGCGGAGCUCGCUAAAACUGGGAGCUUCACCGCCGUUUGUGUCGCGCUGGGACUGGCCGUCGCGUUCGCUGCUCCUGGAGCGUCACUGCUCAUGCCGGCCGCUUCUUUCUUCUGUGGCAAAUCCUUCGACGCCAUCGUGGAGCAAGCGCAGCACAUAUUGGAGAUCACGCAGGCUAAAGCCUGUGCUGCUGCCUAGAUUCGUUCCACUCAUAUAACUUGAAAAAUACCUCGUGGUAAGAGCGAAAGA